GGACAGCAAGCCAUGGGGCUUUUAUCAACCUUUUAUUGUGCCAGUUUACGCUUUUUCUGUCGUAUUUGCUUUUUUUACCAAGGGGGAAAACAACUUCACUGUCAAACUUCUCUGUUAGAUAUUGAUUGAAACAUAUAUUCAGCACACGCUUUUGCAUCACUAAUGUACACUAAUUGAUUAAUAUCGAACCAAAACCAAUCUAGUACCUUGUAUACAUGAAGUGCUUUUGUUUCACAGUCUGUGUGUGCAGGUGCUUUUGGAUUUAUUGUUGUGGUUAACAGUUUUGUUGUUGGGUUGUUUUUAUUUUUGAACCUGUCACUAUUUGUCACAGUUUGAAAAAAAAAAAAAAAGUGCACAUGUUAUGGUAUUAUUGUGAAUAUGAAGGGCUGCGUGGAAGAACUGGCUAGCUUUUGAAGACUGCAUCUUGAAACCAAGCUGAUUUUAUUUUAUUUUUUCUAGUUUCUACUGUAUCACGCCUUCGCAUGACACACAAUCAAGUAGAAAUGCAGCAUGCAGACCGAAGGCUGUCGAGUCUACAUGCUGUAUUUCUAUCCGCCAGCGUUUUACUGGCUUGAACUUUAGUUCAUUUACAUAAAGGGAAAGUGAGCGCUGCAGUAGUAACUCUGGGAAAUAUUUUUGUUGCCAGUGCUGGUCGUACACAUCAGGCCUCCCUGCUAAAGGUGCCAUGGACUGCACUUCCCAUAAACCCCCACUGAGAAAAUCAGUACAAUGCGAUCUGUGAUGCUUUCUUCAUGUCUGGCAAUGUCUUUAUUUUAUUGGUAUUAUUUAUUGUGUUUUUGUUUGACCCAUUUAUUAAAUAGUUGUACUUUUCUGGGGUGAAAAAAGAAGAAAGACAAUGGGGUAGGAUUUUUAUGAAUGUCAAUGGUGGGUGUGGAAGGAGCCCAUGAUCAGUGACAAAUCUCUGUCCUGUGGUGCUGUUGUGGCCACUUGAGAGACGUCUGGAUGUAUGUGUGACUCCCCGUUCCUGCGCUCUUCUCACAACCUGUACUGUAUGUCUUCUUCCUCAUACUGGGUUGUACUUCAGGAAAAAGUCUGCCAUCAACCCCUCAAUAUGUGCCUCAAUGACAUUUCACCUGUGUGCUUGUGAGAGUGCUUGUUUCCGAGAGACGACUGAAUAUUUGUAUUGAUGGAAAGAGAUUACUGAGAUGUGACUGAUCAGAUUAGAGGUGCAAAAUGUUUGAGGAUAAAACUUCAAAGAGACAAAUCAUGAUGGGCGACUAGAUUCUCCUUCCCACCGUGUGUUGAUGACCUUUUGUGCCCUGAUUCUGUGGUCUUAACUGCAUGCCUGUGUUCAUUUUGUCAUACCAAAGCGACGUCUUCGGCAUCUGCACACAACUGUCUCAUUCCACGAUGCAAAACUGGAACUAUUUGCUCUUUUGCAGAUGAAUAUGGGUAUUCUUAGACGUGUACAAAUUGCAAUCCUCAUUUAGCCUGUAUAGCUUGAUUCACACGUGCAAAUCAUGAAGCCAUAGAUAUGGGUAUAUCUAUAUUAUACUAUAUUUCAAAAUUGGCGCUUUUUACUUUAGAUUUUGUUCUUCUACUAAGAGUGAUGUGUGUAUACCUUCAUAUAUAUGAAUUUAUAUUACUAUUAUAUAUUAUUUAUUUUCCUCUCUCAAGUUUCAGAGGGUCUUUAAUUUGUAAAAGGUUGCCCUUGAAGCUUGAGGUUUGUUUAUUUUCAUUGGGAAUAUUGUUCAAUAUGAUACUGACUUUAUAUUGAUGAUUAUCAUAAACCUGUGUUUGUAACAAAAUGUGUUAAAUAAUCAAAAAAACCUGUCCUGUUUUUACACCUGUUUUGUUUUGGGCAGAUUUAAGUGCUCUUGUGCAGAUAUUUUUUGGUUGAUAGUACUGAUCACAAAACAUUUUUACAGUCAACCAUGAGCCUCCUGUUUUGAUGUUGGGGCUGGCCCGCCGGCCAUCCAAGCCUCUUUCUAACUUCAUGUUUAGUGGAAGAAUUAGCUUGACUAUUAUUUGCAAAAACCAAUCAGUCUCAAUAAAUUUUGAAAUUGCUGCUGUAAAGAAGUGA